ACAUUUUCGUGACUGAAGCGCGGUGUUAGUGGUACCUGAAAAAGCUAACAGCUCAGAAGGUAUUGUGAAGGGGCAUCGACAUUGGCACUGAGAGAACAAAGCUUCUGACAGCGAGGGAAAUGGCGAGUCGAGAGUCGCAAAACCCGAGUUGAACCCCUCAAAUCUAUCGAAUGAGAUUUUUGUGCCGGAGCUUGAAGCCUUGGGUAUGAUCAUGGGCGCUAUGAUGCUCAACUUUCAUAAGAGAAGACGUGGAAUGGAGCAUUUGCUAAGUUGAAGUCGAGUGGAUGGUUAAGGAUGGGAUUUGACAAAAUUGAUCUGUCAUACAUAUCACGAUGGAACUUGGUGCAUUGUCAAUUUAUGUCAUAUUUGGAUGCUUCUGAGUUCUCCCCUUCAAUACUUAACUCGCUUUUAAAAUGAAAUCGAGAGCCAAUGGGAUACCUAGGGCUCAGCGGUCAAAAAAUUUUCAGGGUGAGGGGCCAAAUUGGGUCCUCAUUGCUGGUAGUGCCUUAUUAAGCACAUUAUCAAUUCGCCUCGGAUACAAGCUGAAGCAGAUAUUUGACACAAAGCAACAGGAGAAUGCUAAUCACCGUUUGAAAGGAACUGGAAAAUCCAUGGACAGGAGGAAGUUGGGCGGCUGCCAUAUGCAUUCAAAUGUCUGUUCUUUUGCACCCUAUGAAGAUGGAUGCUUCAAUUGCACUUCAGCAGGAAACGAAGAAAUAGCAGAGAUCAAGUUCCCCCACAAUGGCCAAAUUUCGAUUGAAUCUGAUGUGGCACUCCCUCUGGUCACAGUUCCUACUCUUGAAUUUAGUAAAGAGAGUGGCAUUAUUUGGGCAUCUUCUCCUGAUUGCCUUGAACUUCCUCCAAAGCCAUUCCACCACUCAAACAGCUCAGACUCACCAUCUGUCUCCGAAUGUGGUUCUGAUAUAUUCAGCAAGCGGGAAGUAAUACACAAGCUGAGGCAGCAGUUGAAGAAAAGGGAUGAUAUGAUACAGGAGAUGCAUGAUCAGAUUGCAGAAUUGCAGAAUUCACUUGAGACUCAGAUGUCACAUUCUGCCCAUUUGCAGUCACUGCUGGAUGCUGGAAACAGGGACUUGUUUGAUUCUGAGAGAGAAAUCCAGAUGCUGAGGAAAGCAAUUGCAGAUCACUGUUUGGAACAUGUAAACUCCAAUGAUAAGCCCUCCACAGGUACAAUUUGGCCAUCUGAAGGGAGAAAUGGUCAUGCAAAUGGGUAUCUGAAUGGAGACAGGAACUUGGAAUCAUUGGAAAAAUGGAGAGCAGAUGGAGAAAAGAUUGAGAAGCUGAAAAGGGAUGUGGGAGACUUAAAGGAAGUGAUUGAGGGAAAGGACUACCUCCUUCGGAGCUAUAAGGAACAGACAGCAGAGCUCUCUAUGAAGAUCAAGGAGUUGCAGCAGAGAUUGGAUUCUCAGCUGCCUAACAUUUUGUAGGUAUUGUUAGUUUUGUGUAUUCUUGUUUCCUUUCCUUCCGAUUUUCUUUCUUUGGUUGGACAUUCCAAAUUUGGAUGAAGUUUCCUCUUUUCUUCUUUUCUUCUCAUCAUGGCCUUCUUUGAAAGUUUCAGGCUGUAUUGUCCAUUAUUUUUCUUUCUUUUCUUUUAUUUUUUUGAGUGAAUUUUAAUUUUAAAAAGAGAGACGUGUGGGGGUGGGGGAACCAUGAUGUUGAUAUGGAGUGGACUGUCUGCUGGAAAUGUUUGUGAUCAAUUUGAAACAAGUUUCACAAAAA